GCUAGUCUCUUUAACGAAGUGAAACGAACGAAGCGUUUCUGUUUAGCCAUCCGCCAUUGCAAGUUGUCGAAAGACGUCAGAAGAAGACAAAAGGACUUUGUACAUUGUUUUAAAAAGUUGAAUAGAUUUUUGUUACAAUAAAAUCUCUAGUUAUUUCACUUUUUUCCGAAUAAACAAUUCGUAACGGUUUUUACAAGUUUGUUUUUUUUUUAUUUAUAUAAAUGCAUUUUUAUAAAAAAUUUAACUUAUGUUGUAAAAUUCGGUGUUCAUAAUUAAGUGCUUUAAAAAGUGAAUUAACUAAAAACUGAACGAUAUCGACGCAUCAAUAUUGGAGGCGCACACGACAAACUAUAAACGCAGUAGUUUGCCUUAUAAAGAGAUUGUAAAAAAUGGAACGUAAAAAGGUUCUAGAUUUGGAUAAAAUAUGUCGCGUUUGCUUAAGCGAACGCAAGGACAUGCGCCCGUUGUUUUCAGAGAAAAUUGCUGAAAUGCUUAUGGAGUGCACUGCGAUAAGCGUUAAACACAUUGAAGGUUGGCCAGAUAAAAUCUGUGUGCAAUGUGUGCAUGCGGUAUCGCGCUGUCAUGCCUUUAAGAGUCUAGUGGAACGCAGUGAUCGAGAAUUGCGCAACUACAUUAAAAGUUUAACAGUACGUGUGGUAAUAGAGGAGCCACAAGAUGUAAAACCAAAUCAAAAUAAAGUUAAACAACAACAGUUUUUACUCCAACAAGAGCAACAACGAUUACAACAACAAGUUCAACAACAACAGCAGCAGCAGCAACAGAAAAAUGCACAAAAAGCAAAACAAGCGUUACAACAACAACAACAGCAACAAUUACUGCAACAGCAAACUUUACAACAGCAACAACAGUUGGAACAGCAGGAAUUAGAAGAGAAGCAACUACGUCAACUGUUGGAAAAACAACAAGAACAAGAGCAGCAGCAGCAGCAACAACAACAACAGCAGCAACAGCAACAACAACAGUUACAAAAGAAGAAAACACCUGCAGCACGUAAAGGACAAAGGAAUAAAAAAUUAACUCAAGCACAACAACAAGAAUUGUUAUUGCAAUCUCAACAAAUAAAUGAUUCAACUACGGUUCAAGCGAAUAAUGUUAGCGGUAACACGUCUCGACAACAAACGCAUCAACAGCAGCAACAACAACAUGAGCAAAAUCAAAGUUUGCAACAGCAUCAAUUGCUGUCGACAUCGAAUGGUUUGAGCCAACCGAUUGUGUUGUCCAAUGGUCAGAUUAUCACAGCGGCACAAAUAGUCACACAUGCUGGUCCACCUCAACUUACCCAAAUAAUCAAUACGAGUAAUGCCAAUAAUUCACAUACCAACCAAUUAGCAACUCAGCAGUUUACACCGCAACUAUUGCAAACUACUGGAGGUCAAGCAUUACAAUUAAUACAACAACCAAAUGGACAACAAACGUUACAAUUAAUACAGAUUGUACCACAACGAACUAUUAGUAAUGGAAACAUCGUAGCUGAUGAAAUAAAUAUAGUUGACGAAGAUGAACUAAUUGAGCAGAGUGAACAACAUCUAAUUGAUGAUGGCACUGAAGAAGAUGAAGAUGAACAAGUAUGUGAAACUAUUGUGGUGGAAGAUGAUCAUGGGCAGCAUUUGCUUGCUAGACACGGUACCAUAACAAUUGAAGAUGAUAACUUAUCACAUAAUGAAAUGGAGUAUUUAGAAGAUAUAACGGUAACGACAACAAACUCACAGCAUUUAAACAAUGAUGACGAUGAUAAUGUAGAACACCACAUGAUGCAUGCAGAUGAUAUUAUAGAAGAAAUACACAUGGAGGAAGAAAUGCUCGAAGAUGAUGGUACCGGUACUGUUAUGCAUGUAAUAAAGCAAGAUGGUGAAUUUCUGUGUGAAGACGAUGGCAAUCACCAACAUUUAGUUGAGGAUUGUGUAGAUGAUAAUGAUAGUGAAUUGCAAUAUACUGUCUUUGAAGAUGACGAUGAAGUAACUGAAGUGCUGCAGAUUGCUGGCGAACUAAAUGAUACAAGUGUUACCACUAAUGAUAUGAAUGAAGGUAUAACAAUAGUUAAUAAUCAUUGCUCACCUUCCAAGAAACCUCGUAAGUUAGUACCAAAAAACGCAAUUGCAAAUAGUCGUCAAGUAGCUGCGACUGCCUCUUCAAUUGUUGCUGCGGCUGCAAAUGAUGACUAUGAGUUAGAUCCAAAAAUACUUACUGAGUUUAUAACACAACAAACUACACUAGUAGGUACAGGGCGUUAUGUGUGCAAUUUGUGUCGACAGGAAUUUAAGCAAUUUAAAGGUGUGCAAAACCAUAUGAAUUCACAUUCAAAUUGGAUACGUGCGAAUUGUAAAAAACAGCCGCAGUGUGAGAUUUGUCUGAAAAGCUUCAAAGGUCCGGGAAUGCUGAAAAUGCAUAUGAAAACACAUCAGUCCGCAUCGCGCACACCUACUUGCAACAUAUGCCAUAAGGAAUUUAAAACAAAAGCAAUACUCUAUCGUCAUCGGCAAACACAUCAGCAGCGUUCGUACUGUUGUGGCGUCGAUAGUUGUCGCAAAACAUUCUCCUCUAUUCAGACACUGCGUACACAUGUCGAACGUAAGCAUCCUAAUUUAGAUCAACCCAAAUAUAAAUGCGGAGAAUGCAAUACACUUUUCGAUAAUGUGGACGUGCUGCAAGCCCAUAUACAAAUGACUGGACAUGGGGACGUGUUAAACACAACUGAUAAUGCAGACUCAACAGACAGUGUUAUUGUUGUCACACAAGCGUAGAAAACUACAAAUUAUAAUUCAUUCAAUAAUUAUUAUAAUUAAAUAAUAAUUACAUUAUUACAUAUGUAUAUUUGUUAGAGAUUUAUUCAACAUUAAUUGUAAUCUUUCAUUUUCAUAUUAUUUAUAAAUUUGGCUUUUAUUUAUCAAGAAGCCAAUUAAUCUUACUUUAUUGCGAUAUUAAUGAACAUCUGAUUUAAAAUCAAUUAGUUAUAUAUUGAAUUGUUCAGAAUUUGAAAUGAAUAUUUUUUAAUUAUAUUCUUUUAAAGCAUACAACAAAACAGUUUCUAUUAUAAAAUAUAAUUCAAUGUAAAAUAUAUAUCAUCUACAGAUUGUUUGUUAAAUAAAUUAUAAUAACAUUUCUCACUAAACAUUGAUAUCUGUAAUGCAGUUUUUAAUAUAUCGUGUACAUAUACAUUUAUCUAAAUAGAGACUAAAUUAAACAUAUAGUUUGUUUAUAUUAAAAAGUGUAACAUUCGAGAUAAAAUAGAAAAUGUAAGUUAUAUAUAUAACGAAUUAGAUAAUUAACUUGUUUUAUGAGC